AUGGCGCUAUGCGCCAAUCCUGACCGGGUGGCGAUUCAGGCGAAGCUGUCGGAGUUUGACGCCCAGGGGUUGGUCGACCGGCUGGGGCACCGUAGUCCCGGGACCAUCGAGACCCCCGGGGUGGACGCGGCAUCCGGCGAGGAGGCUGCAAGCGAUCCGGCGCAGACUGGGGGCCCGGGCGCCGCAAGCGGCAAGCUGCAGGCCAGCAGUAGGGCUGCUGCGAGCAGCAGCCGCCGCACCGAAGGAGGAGGCACCGCCGGCAGCAGGGCAGCAACGGCGCUGGAGGAUCGGGGAAAGCACCCCCGGCUCUUUAUUCCUGUGGAGUCCCCACCGACGCCAUUGCCAGGCGAGGGGGGAAGCCGGGAUGACCAGUCGUCCAGCGCGGGGCCGUCUGCAGGGGCGGCAUCUGCCGUUCUGGAACCGCACUUUGGUCUGCUUGGGCCCGAUUCGGCGCCCGGAGAUGACGCGGCGGGCCCACAGAGCUCCCGGCGGAAGAGAAGGAGGGAGGACUCCGGGCCAACGCCAUCGAGCCCGGAGUUUAGGAUUCUGGCAGCAAGGUGGCAGUAUCGAAGACCCACAGCCACGCCGCCUACGGGCGCCGCCGAGAACCAGGGGCGGUUAGAGGCAUCGAGGCCGGCACCAGCCCGCGAGCCAAGCGCGCCCGAGCCGAGUGCAUCGGCGGAGCCAGGGCUGGCGAGCGCGGCGACGAAGCCAGGGCUAGCGGGGGCGAUGGAGCCGGGGCCGGCGGACGCGGCGGCCGAGACAGAAACGCAACCGCCGCCCGAGCGUUCGGCGCCGUCCGAGCCCGCCCCGAGCGCGCUGAGCGCGGGGCGGCUUACCGCAGCUUGGCGCGUUUUCGACUACCGCCUUGCCGCGGCGCGCGCCGCCAACGAGGGCGAGCAGCAUGCUAUGGAUAAGGGGCGGAAGGCCUUGGAGGAGGCCCGCGCAGAGGUCACACGGGAGCGGAAGACUCUGGAAGACGCCCGCGCGGAGCUCGCGCGGGAGCGCGAAGACGCCGCCCGCCUGGCCGAGGCAUCGUGGCAGCAGGCUGCCGGGGCCCUCGCCAGGGAGCGGCAGGCGCAGGAGCGGGAGGAGGCGGCCGUGAACCGCGAGAGGGCAGGAGAGGCCCUCCAGGCUGACCUAGCCCGUCAGAAGGACGAUGUCACAUCCUGA